AUGAGUGGUGAUUUGACGCAUGCAAGAUCAAAUGAUCAGGGUAACAUCCAAUCUUCGAAAAAUCAAAGCGCAACAAUCUCAACGAAUGCUUCUCGCGAUGACCACCUCAAAAAGGAGAAAGCAGAAAUUUCAAAAGAAGCAGAUGAAGAGAUUAAACAGAAUGCCUCUUGGUGGAAAAAAGCAAAGGCAAACUUUGCAGGAGCAACGAGGGCAGGUCGUUUAGCCGCUCAAGCACAAGAGAUGCAAGCUUUGAAAAAGAGACAGAGAGAGAUGGAUCCUACACCUUUCCGUAUCCGUCCGAUCGAGCUUGCCGAGCUUGUUGAUCCAAAGAAUGUGGGUCUAUUGCGUGAUCUAGGAGGCGUACAGGGCCUUUUGGCUUCUUUGGGCACCGAUGCCGAAAAGGGUCUUGACCUUUCCUCAGGAACAGGGGUUAAAGAAGACACGAUCGAAGCAAAAGAGCCCAAGAAAGAAUUAAGGGAUGAAGAUGAUUUAGAAUCAGGCGAUCAUGAGAACGAAAAACAACCAUCAAAAUACCCAUUCGUUCAUGCAAGCUCUGAGGACCGCAAACGUGUUUAUGGUGCAAAUACUUUACCAGAAAAGAAGAGCAAGAGUUUGCUACUUUUGAUGUGGCUUGCAUUGCAGGAUAAAAUCUUAAUCUUGUUAUGUGUUGCUGCGGUCAUUUCUUUGGCUCUUGGUCUUUACUCUGAUUUCGGUGCUCCGCCCGAAUUUGUUGAAUGCAGCAAUCCUCCGCCUGGUCAAGAACAAUGCGAAUUACCAAACGUUGAUUGGGUUGAAGGUGUUGCAAUCUUGGUAGCCGUUGUGAUUGUUGAUAUCGUUGGUUCUCUGAACGACUGGCAAAAAGAACGUCAAUUCAAGAAGCUAAAUGCUAAAAAGGAAGAAAGAGACGUAAAAGUCAUUCGAUCAGGAAAGCGUGCUUUGAUGAACGUUCACUAUGUUCAAGUUGGAGAUAUCUUGGAAAUCGAACCUGGAGAAAUUUUGCCUUGUGAUGGUAUCUUUUUACGAGGUCACAAUGUCAAAUGUGAUGAAUCAGGUGCAACAGGUGAAAGUGAUAUGAUUCGCAAAGUAUCUUAUGAAGAAUGUCUUGCCGAUCUGGAGAAGCAUGAGAGCACAGGCGAGAAGCUUCCACAUCGAGACUGCUUCAUGAUCUCCGGAUCACGAUGUAUGGAAGGUGUAGGAGAGUACGUCGUCAUUGCUGUUGGUCCGACAAGUUUCCACGGUAAAUUGAUGAUGUCUUUGCGUUCCGAUAGCGAAAUCACGCCACUACAAGCAAAGCUCAACCGAUUGGCAGAAAUCAUCGCUUAUGCCGGUACAACUGCCGGUGUGUUGCUCUUCAUUGCCCUGAUGAUCAAAUUCUUCGUUCGUUUAGCCAAGCCAUUGCCAGAUUCACCUCAUACACCUGAUGAGAAAGCACAAGCAUUCAUCGACAUCCUGAUCGAAGCAGUUGUGAUCAUCGUUGUCGCCGUUCCCGAAGGUUUGCCUCUUGCCACAACUUUGGCGCUGGCAUUUGCAACCAAAAGAAUGACAAAGGAAAAUCUAUUGGUUCGUCUUUUGUCAGCUUGUGAAACGAGUGCAAAUUGCAGUGUCAUUUGUACUGACAAGACUGGUACAUUGACCUCAAACGAGAUGACAGUUGUGGCAGGCAGCGUUGGUGUUCACUUGAAAUUCGCACGGGAUAUGAAUGAAAAUCAAGGAAGAGUGGAAACACAAAAAGCUGGAAAUGAAGCAGCCAAAAAGACAACCAAGACGAGCGGUGAUUGGGCCGUUGAACAACGUGAAUUGAGCUCGGUAGUUGAUGGUCCUCUCCGUACACUGUUCAAUGACGCUAUAGCCGUGAACUCUACCGCAUUCGAAGAAGACGAGAAAGCUCGCUCGAUCCGUGAAGGCGCCAAGAAUAAGUCCAUUUUUGGCAAGAUCUUACAAUCUAUCCCCUUUAUGGCAACGAAAGAAAAGGAUGACAAAGUCAAUGCUUCUACAUUUGUUGGUUCCAAGACAGAGACUGCUUUGCUCAAGAUGUCAAAAGAAUUGAAUUGGGAGAGCUAUCGGGAAUCGCGUAUCCGAAAUGAGGUUGUGACAAACUUCCCUUUCAGCUCUGAGCGCAAAGCAAUGGCAGUCGUUGUCAAGAAACGCGAAGGAGGAUAUCGUUUAUACGUCAAAGGAGCAAGUGAAGUCUUGACAAAGCUGUGCAAUUCACACGUUGAAGUUCAACGAGGAUCGUCUUCAGGGGAUAUUGAUGUCAAACCAUUCAAUGAUGAUACCCGCCAGAAUGUGGCAAAAACUAUCAUUUUCUAUGCGAAUCAAAUGUUGCGUACUUUGGCAAUUUGUUAUAAAGACAUACCCGAAUGGCCACCAAGAGAUUCUCAAUUUGACGAAGAUGGUUUGGUCAAGUAUGAAGGUCUUGCCUAUGAUUUGACAUUAAUAUCAAUUGUUGGUAUCGAAGAUCCUUUACGUCCCGGUGUACGCAAUGCAGUAGCAACAUGUUCCAAGGCUGGUGUUCAGGUAAAGAUGUGCACGGGUGAUAACGCAUUGACUGCUCGUUCGAUUGCAACACAAUGUGGUAUCUUUACUCCCGGUGGUAUCAUUAUGGAAGGACCAAUGUUCCGUCAGUUGAACGAUUUCGAUAUGAUGCAAAUCGUUCCCAGAUUACAAGUCUUAGCCCGCUGCAGCCCCGAAGACAAAAAGACGUUGGUCGAAUGCUUGAAGCGCAUGGAGCACGUUGUAGGUGUGACGGGAGAUGGAACAAAUGACGCCCCCGCUUUAAAGACUGCCAAUGUCGGUUUCAGUAUGGGUAUCGCCGGUACAGAAGUUGCCCGUGAAGCAAGUGACAUUAUCUUGAUGGAUGACAAUUUCGAAUCGAUCGUUACUGCAAUCAUGUGGGGUAGAAGUGUCAACGAUGCCGUCAGAAGAUUCUUGCAAUUCCAACUUUCAGUCAAUAUUGGUGCUGUUGGUGUUACAUUUAUUACUGCAGUCGCGGACAGAGCUGUUUUCACUGCCGUUCAAUUGUUGUGGAUUAAUUUGAUCAUGGACACCUUGGCUGCUUUGGCAUUGGCAACCGAUCCUGCUUCACCCGAUCUUUUGGAUAGAAAGCCAGACAAACGUACAGCACCUUUAUUGACAACAGAUAUGUGGAAGAUGAUUAUCGGACAAUCCAUCUAUCAAUUCGCUUUGAUCCUAACACUCAACUUUGCAGGUGAUUCCAUUCUAGGCUACAAUCGUACCGAUCCUGAAGGCAGAAGAAUUCAAGAUGAAAUUUUACGUGCAUUGAUCUUCAAUGUGUAUGUGUUCUGUCAAUUGUUCAAUCAAGUCAAUUGCAGAAGUUUGACUCGAAACCUAAACAUUUUCAAAGGCUUACACAAGAAUGUUUGGUUUAUGGGUAUUAUGGCCAUUGAAGUCGGAUUGCAAGUUUUGAUCGUUUACGUUGGUGGUGCCGCAUUCAGUGUUACGAAAUUGGACGGAACCAAUUGGGCAAUCACUGUUGUUGCAGGUUUGAUUUCUUGGCCAAUAGGUGUAUUGAUCCGAUUAAUCCCUACCAAACCUAUCGAUUUGAUUAUGAUCAGAUUCGGAUUGAUGCCCGAUCCAGAAGCAUUGCCAAAGCAUAAGCGUCGUUCGCCAACAGAAGUACAAGCUGAUGCCGAUCAAGUGGAUUGGGAUGCACCUGUGAUUGGACAAUUGGCCCAAAAGUUGGGUGCAUUUGCACGUAUUCGCGGUGGACGUUCUCGAUUGGCAUUUAUGGGUAAAACCAGAAAUCAAAAAUUACGUGAAGCAGAAGUUCAUCCGGGUAAUUUGAUGGCUUUGGUUCCUGCUUUGAUUGGUGCAGGUAUUGUGGGCAAUUGGCAUCCAUCUAAUCCACCUGAAGCAAGUAGAAGUGAGCCGGCAGCCGGAGAUCCAAGCGUUUCAUCUUGGCAAUUAUACCAAGGAGGAAAGAUUCAAGUGCAUCCUGAAACUUCUCCCGAUGAUGAAGUUUUAGAAACACUAAAGGGUCAUAGAAACAUGAAAUUCUCAACAGCAAAGUGA